UCGGGUGAGCAGCAGAACACCGUGGCUCUCGUCUGGUUCUGUUUUGGUUUACGCAUCUAUGCGGGUGAUAGCCUCUGUUCUUCACAUAAUGUUUCGUUAACGGAAUACCGACACAAUGACUCACAAAUGGGUUAUGUUUCCUUCGCGGAUGUACUAUCUCCUCCCGUUAUGUCAUCUUUGGAGUAUCGCGUCAGCACAGAUCGUCUACUCCAUAUCAGAGGAAUCUAACCAGGGCACUGUUGUUGGACAUUUGGCGAAGGAUUUGCAUCUAGACGUGCAGCAACUUGAAUAUCGUGGGUUUAAGAUAUCCGGACCCAAUCAGAGGUAUUUUGAUGUAAAUAAAACAACUGGAAUUCUGUCCGUGAGAGAGAGAAUAGACAGAGACGAGCUCUGUGCUAGGAGCACGAAGUGUUGGUUAGAACUGGAAGCCAUUGUGAAUUUGCCAUUGAAUCUAUACAGAUUUGAAGUGAAUGUUUUGGAUAUAAAUGACAACUCGCCGUCGUUUAGGUCCUCUAAAACAUAUUUGAAUGUAUCUGAAUCUGCAUUUCCAGGGGAGAGAUUUCCGUUGGAAAGCGCCUACGACACGGAUGUAGGGACUAACUCAGUAAACAGCUACAUCCUGAGCGCGAAUGAACACUUCUCCCUGGAUGUACAGAGCGGUGGAGAGCAGAGUGUGUCUGCUGAGUUAGUGCUGCAGAAAGCUUUAGACCGAGAGAAACAGCCCGUUAUCCA